AUAUAUUUUAUGGUUAUAACAGUUAGGCAUAUCAAAUGAAAUAGAAGAAUUCACAGUAUUUACCAUGGAAAAGGAUAUAGAUUAUCCUGUUACUGAAAAUUUAUCUAGGCUAUUGAGACAUUUAGAUAUUGAAAUACAAAUUAUCCUUAUUAAUGAAUUGAACUUGAAAUAUGAAGUAAUAGAUUCAUUGGAUCUACUACAGAAAAUAGACAUUUUAACUUUAUGCUUUGAUCAGAAACCAGAAAUGAAAUUGAAUAGCGUUUUACAGCAUUUUAUAUAUUUAUUCAAUUUUGGUGAUGACUUCUACGCUGAGAAUUUUGAAAAUAUGAUAAAAAGUGGAAAAUUGGCAAAUUUAGCGUCUUAUUUAACAAUAGAAGACUGUUUGGAGAUUUGUAUUGAAGAAAAGAUUAAUGAAAAAGAGUUGGAAAGUAUAUCAAAAACAUCUAAAAGGAACUAUCGAUUAUCUGGAAAAUACGUUUUAAAUCUUAUACAUUCGUGGUGCAGCGAACACGUCUUUGACAAUGAAGAGCUAGACAGUUGGGAAAAGACAUUCUUAUUUGUAAAAAAAUUGGCUAAUAGGAUUAAACAGAGAAGAAACUUAUGUAUUAAACUGAUAAAUUACACAUUUCAAGAGAAAGAUGACUUUAUUAAAAAGUUGAAAAGGAUUUAUCAGUUGAAAUUUGAUGAAUUAAAAGCAUUUUCUUUAAAGAAAACUAAAAAGCUAUUAAGAGAUUCAUAUACAGAAAUUACAUGGAAAAUUAUAAAGGAAGGUAAAUAUGAAAGGAAAGGGGAGAAGGUAUUUGUAAAUUUUUAUGAAUUAGUUAACUUUGUUUAUAAAAAGAAAUUUGAAAGAAUUUUAAUGAAUGGUUGCUCUGGAAUUGGUAAGACUAGUUUUGCUAUUAAAACUCUGGCAAAUUGGGCAAACGGAAUUGUUUUUAACGAAUUUCAGAUUGUUAUUUAUAUAAAUGUCAGAGAACUUCGUCACGGGAAAACACUUAUUGAAUCUUUUAUAAAUCAAACUUUUGGAGAUUGUACUGAGAAAGAUGAAUACGUUUCACUUCUUCAAAGGAUUACCGAUCACUCGAAAUUGGAUAUUUUAUACAUUUUCGACGAAAUAGAAGGAUUAAACGAUGGAUUGAUUGAAUAUUUAAAUAAUACUCUUGAACUGAUUUCUGGACAUCCAAUAAUUGUUUGGCUAUCUAAAGAAAAAUCUAAAUUAAUUGAAGAAACAUGGGAUUGUGUUGUUGAAAUGAAUGGUUUUAAUGAUAUACAAUUAAUAAAUUUCUUUAGAAAGAGUUUUGGUACGAGCUCUUCCGAUUUAGUACGUCAUUUAACAUCUUCGAAUAUCGAUAAUAAAGAUGGAAAGAGUUAUUUAGAAGAAGAAUUUAGAAUUAUUGAACGCCAAUUGCGUUUGGAGGAUAAUAUCAAUGAUCCAGUUUUAAAAGAAUCUUUGGAAACAAUUAGAAAAUUAAGUGAAACUGUUAUCAAUCCAGAUCUAUUCCAACAGUCGUCGUCUUUUUUCUCGGCCUGUUCUAUUCCUCUAAUCGCAACUUUCUAUGGAGUUUGUUGGAAAAGACUUGAAAGUAAUUUACCAAACAAUGAACUUGAUUUAUUUAAAAUACUACUAGAUAAAUCAAUUCAAACAACUUUGAAAGAUACUAAAACUUCGACGACUAGAGAAGAAUUAAAAGUAAUAUUACAGUCAAUAAUUGGUAAAAUAGCGUUAAAACAUAUUGGUGAGAAUGCUAUAUUCGUUGAAAAGAAGUUAAUUGAACCAAUCGAUAGCUUUUAUGAUAAUUUAAAUAAUCUAAUACGAAAGGUUAAUUGUAAAGAAUCCUUAACUGAAAAUUUCAGUAUUGAAUUGAAAUUUUUACAUUCAUCCGUUCAAGAGUAUUUUGCAGCUGUAUAUUUGACAUAUUUGUUUGAAGUUAAUCGAUCAAAAUUCGAUAAUUUUUUAAAAGGUUUUCAAGAUAUAAACUCAUUAGGUAAAUAUAUUAGAGUCUUUCAAUUUAUCGGUGGAAUUAAUUUCGAUUGCUUUAAACGAUGUCUCGAUUUAUUUAAUCAACUAAUGAACGAAAAAUAUCAUCAAAUGGAAAUCAAAUGGAGAGAGAAUGAAUUGAAAGAUGAAAAUCGAUUAAAUAAUUUAAUUUUUCAUUAUACAGCCAAGUGUAUUCGUAGAUUUUGGAAAAACAUACAAUUAACAUAUAUUAAGUAUAUAAGCUCAUCACAGCUAUCAAUCAUCUUUAGCGAUACAGAUAAUCAACCAACUAGACUUUUAGAAGUAAAACAGGAAUGCGAUUUAAAACUCCUUUCCAGUGAACAUUCAAUGAUUUCAAAGAAUUGUGAAAUAUUUGAAAUUCAUGAAAUAUUUGUCGAUUAUCAAAAAUGGCAAAAUAUCCUAACUUGGAAGAAUAUUAAUGAACUUAAGCUCUAUAAUUGUUAUAUUGAUGAUAACAGUUUUGAGCUUAUUGGAGAAUUACUUAUUUCAAAUAUUUCUAGUCUUACCUUUCAUUCAAUUUAUGCAAACUGGAAAAAAUUGAUGAAAACUGCAAAUUGCAGUACAGCUCGUUUGAGAAAUUUGGAAUUAUCUGAUGUCAACUUAGAUGCUGAUGCGAAUAUGCUUAUUAGUCUUAUAAGCGCAAAUCUACGAUAUCUAUCUUUACUUAAUUUUAAAGGGGCGUUAUCGACAGACUCUAAUUUGGAACUUUUAAGUACAAUUUCGAAUAAGACUGCAAAAUUGAAAUAUUUAAAAUUCGUUGGUUUUAACUUAACUAAGGAGAAUGAAUAUGAAGAUAAGUAUUGUAAUUCUCUUCAACGUUUCACAUCGCUUCACAGUUUAGAUAUGACAGACACAGUCUUAAAAGGAACUUUUGAAAAUAUAUUGAAAGCUUUAUGCCUUGGAUCGAGAGGAAUUAUUGAAGAAUUGAUAUUUUCAAAUUGUUUAAUUGAAUUUAAUGAUAUUACAAAAAUUCACGACUAUUUCAAAUGUUUUACCGGUCUACUUGAACUUCAUUUAAAUGAUAAUAAGAUAUCGGAUACAAAUAUAUUAAUACUUAUUCAACAAGUUGUUUUAUUGCCAAGUUUAAGACUAUUCAACUUUGAAAACAUGAAUAUAAAUAUAAAUACCAUUCAACUCAUUGAACAUAGUUUUCAACGAUGUUGUUCAAAUUGUUGCUUAGUUUCAGAUAUUGAAUUUGAGGAAAAUAUUGAAAUAGACGCAAUAACUGAUAUUGAAACAAUUGAUAUAUUUUAUAAUAAAUUAGUUGAAUGUUAUGAAGAAAAUGAUGAAAUUCUAUUAAAGAGUUUUAUAAACGACUUUACUAUAUUGUUUAUUAAAGAAAACGAGGUAAACAGAAUGAUAAAGUUAAAUAUAAUUCGAAUGUUUACACCUAUAUUACAAAAGUUCGACAGUGAUAAAAUGCUAUUAAAAGAUAUUUUAAAGUUAUUAAAGAAGAUUGCAUCAAGGAAAAUGGGACGAAAACAAUUGAAAUUGAAUAUUGCUUUAAUUGAUAUUCUAAAAUCUUUAACUGCAAAAUUUGACGAUGAUUCAAGUUUUCAAAUGGACUUAAAAGAAUUCAUUUGUGAACUUUAA